GGCCACGUAGUGAAAAUGUCAUUUAGGUAAUGGCUCAUGGCUGCCUGAAGCUAUUUGAAAGGGUAAAUACCUUCUGUUUUGAUGAAAAGAUUGAUUCUCUGAGCAACUAGUGAUAACGUGGGCUGAUUUGGGAUUCAAUGUUUUCGGUGAGACUACGGCUGACCUCGAGGCUGUAAUUAUACCGCUGAUCAGGGGCGUUUCUAUCUAUUGAUCCCAGAAGGCUAGAUUGUUUCUUAAUCUGGAUGCGCAAUUCUUCCAGUGUUGUGUGCACUGUGCAGCGCUUGAUUACUUCCCCGUCCUUCAGAUGCUGCAAGUCACGUUCCACUUUGUUACAUAGUCUGUCUGUUGUGUUGCCAUAAACAUCUCCGUUUUCAGUGCGAAAAUCCUCGGUGGUAUGCUUAAAAUGUUCAAGUGAUCGGACCUAACGACGCCUCUGCUGCUGACCUGAAGACUUUAUUGUAUUUUUUAACUGACUGCAUGGACAGGUAAGACUCGAUACCGUAAGAGUUCUCAGCCAAUAGGGUGCGUGUCAGGUGACGUAUUUUUUUUUACUCAGUGACUUUGCGACUGUCCUAUAGAAGUAAGUAUGACAAGUAUAAUACGUUUGAUUGCAAAUUGCGAAGAAUAGUCAUAUAUCUUUAAAGCCUCCUGGUUGCUUUAUUAUUUUAUAUAAUGUUGAAAGGUUUGGGUUUGUUAUUUGGUUUUCAUAAUUCAAAUGAAAAUAAACUGGAAGAGAAUAAAGUUGACCAGAUGCCUGACAGCGACGGAGAGAUACGACAAAAUGAGCUAAAUGUGGGAGAUGAUGGCAAUAAGGAGGAAUCUGCUCAGCGAGAAGGACUGAGUGGAUUCCUCCUCAGUUUGGCAAGCAAUGCCACCAAGAAGCUCUCUGACAUUGUGUCUGUAACAGCAGAGACCACCGAUGCUAUCCUUGACAAGACUAUAAUAGGUGCUUUUCACAAAGAACACAAGAAGUUUUUACAAGAAAAACACACACAAACUGCGGUUCCAGAGUCAGUGGUACCUCCUUGGGUGGGCUACAUUGAAGAAGAAACCAUUCAGCAGUCAAUCCUUGCUCUAUCAGUUGACCGGAGGAACUUCAUAUGUGAUCCCCCAGAUGGGGUCGAGUUCCAUUUUGACUUUGAGGAGAUGUAUCCAGUUGCUCUUGUGAUGCUACAAGAGGAUGAACUACUGAGCCAGAUGCGUUUUGCUGUGGUCCCAAAACAUGUAAAGGAGGACAGAUUCUGGAGGAAUUACUUCUACCGAGUCUCCCUGAUCAAGCAGUCAGCCCAGUCCCUGGAAACAAAACAACAAGCAGCUGACAAAGAAAAGAGUGAAUCGGAUGUGAUUAGUCCAGAUGAUGUACAUCUUAGAGGUGUAGAGAGGAAGUCCACAACUCAUCCCAUUAUGAUGACAACCUCAAAGACAAAUGAGGUUGAAGAUCAUAUAUCCACCAGCCCAGCAGUGUCUGAAUUUGUGAGUGAAGCAUUCGAUACCUGCAAUAUUGAUCUAAAUGACCUACGCGAAGAGAUGAGGCUAAUACUAGACAAUAAUGAGAAGGUUGAAGGUGACACUUCAGAAUGGCAAAAGGACUUUGAAGAGCUUUUUCAAGAAGACAGUUAACAUCUGAAUGGAACAAGGUCCUGUUAUCCAGGAGCUGAUUACCAGACAGAGCAGAAGCUGGGCUAUGUAAACACUUCAUUCUCAAACACUGGUGUGGAAUUAUGUAGAUGGGUGCCCAACUGACAUGUUCACAGCUUCCUACUUGGUCUGAGGAACCAUAAAAUGUGUAAUGCUAUGUUUUGAACAGCCACACACUCACUCUGUAGCCCACACACACUGUUAAUUGUAGUGUAUCAAACAGAUACUGUCAAUGUUUAAUUGCAGUGUAGAGCUAAUGUUUACUUUGAGAAAUAAAUACUUGAGCAUAUCACAAUUGUAUCAGAUGUUGACUGGGGAUUUUUGAGAUAUGACAUGACAUAUUGAACCACGAGAGAACCUGCAUUGUUGAAAAGAGUUAUUGUACAGUGUACUAUCAAAUGAAUCAAACUUGUAUCACCUCUCCAUAACUGCAUUAUUUUGAACUUGACAAGUAGAAUAUUUCCCCUUAUAUGAAUAAUCUAAAACAAACACUUUAGACUAUAUUGACAAUACAGGUCUCAAAGCAGAAACUCAAUGCAACAAAAGUGAAUACACCUGUGAUCACUGAGCCACAGGUUAGAGAACCUGUGAUCAACACCUAUGAUUUCCAGUUAUCUUAAUUGCAUGAACAUGGCUAUAAAAUGACCCGUGAACACCAGAACUCAACGCAAGAUUAAACUUUGCUAAAGAAAAGAAGCCUGAUGAACAUUGGAAGCAUGAGGCCAAGAUGACUUUGUUUGGCUCCGAUGAGGUCCAGCAUGUUUGCCGUGAACCUGGCCGGGACUACCAAAGUGAAGCAUGGAGGUGUGAGUGUGAUAUGGGGCUGUAUGAGUGCAAAAGGUGUUGGGGAGAUUACAUUUAGAUGUACAUCUAUUUACAUAUGAAUUUACACCAUGAAUGUCUGUGGAUAACAUUAUAUAUUAACGAUCCAAAGCACACUGCCAAAACUACCUGGCCAAGUGUGUCUCUUUAUUUGAACCCAAUACAACACCUUUGCGAUAUUUUAUAUAAGAGAAAGGUAGACCAACACAUCCCCUCCAGCAAAGGGCAGCUGACAAUAUUAUCUCUGAAGAAUAGCAGAACAUCUCUGGAAUGUUGGGCAACAAUGGCACUGAGGAGGAUUGAGUCUGUCAUCAAAAAUAAAGGUGGACAUACAAAAUAUUGAAAAAUAAGACUUGAAUUGAAUGAAGUUUAUAAUGACUUGUUGCAUCAAGUUCCUAUAGUGGAGCCUGUGUUUCUUUUUUUUUUUAUAUAAAUCUAAAGUGUUUUUAAUUUUGACAUCAACUUAAAAGUAAUGCAAUUACUGCGAGGUGAUACAAUUUUGAAUAAUUUAACAAUUGAGUGAUCUUGCACAGGGGUGUACUCACUUAUCUUGUAUUCUAACAUAUUAUUUCAGUAGCCUAGUAUUAUAACCAAAGAUCAAUAUAUAUAUAUAUCCGGAAAUUUGGUGAGUUGAUACAGAACGACUUGUGGAAUUAUGGAAGGAGGAUGAAAUGAGCUUGUCCAUUGAGAGAGAUAGUUUAAUUUGAUGUAACCUACUGAUGGGUGUGUGCUUCUUGUUUCUUCAUUGUAUUUGUCCUGAUUCAUUAAUAAUCUCUCUGUUGGAUUUGGGUGUAAAACAGUUCACGCUAAAUUGAAUUUGUAUUCUUUUUUUUUUCUGUACAUUUUCUGUAUGGUGAGAUUCCAGUCAGGGUUGAGGAUGACUGUCCCUUAACCCUUUUAACUACAAACUGAGAUUCCGAUAUGUGUAUUUUAAUAAAAGUGACCCAAACAUCA